CCGCGGGUCGUGUCAGUCAUCGCGCGGCGCUUCCGGGUGUUGUGGCGGCCCCGGCGCGGCGGGCGCAGCAUGAGGCGGGUGACGCUGUUCGUGAACGGCAGCGCCCGCAACGGCAAGGUGGUGGCUGUGUAUGGGACCCUCUCAGAUUUGCUCUCUGUGGCCAGUAACAAGCUUGGAAUCAAAGCCACCAGUGUUUACAAUGGCAAAGGGGGACUCAUUGAUGACAUUGCUUUGAUUAGGGAUGAUGAUGUUUUGUUUGUCUGUGAAGGGGAGCCCUUCAUUGAUCCUCAGACUGAUGGGAGAGCUCAGGAGGAGCUGACAGGGUCCCACACAGACUGGCUGACACUCAAUGUGGGAGGCAGAUACUUCACCACUACGAGGAGCACUUUGGUUAACAAAGAACCUGACAGCAUGUUGGCCCACAUGUUUAAAGAUAAAGAUGCUUGGGGGAACAAGCAGGAUCAUAGAGGAGCAUUCCUAAUUGACCGCAGUCCCGAGUAUUUUGAGCCCAUUUUGAACUAUUUACGUCACGGACAGCUCAUUGUAAAUGAUGGCAUUAAUUUGCUAGGUGUCCUGGAGGAAGCCAGGUUUUUUGGUAUCGAUUCCCUAAUCGAACACCUCGAAAUAGCCAUUAAGAAUUCCCAGCCAGCUGAGGAUCACUCUCCCAUCUCUCGGAAGGAGUUUGUCCGGUUCCUGCUGGCAACACCCACCAAGUCCGAGCUGCGCUGUCAGGGCCUGAAUUUCAGUGGAGCGGAUCUUUCCCGCCUGGAUCUUCGCUACAUCAACUUCAAGAUGGCCAAUCUGAGCCGCUGCAACCUGGCCCAUGCCAACCUGUGCUGUGCCAACCUGGAGAGGGCUGACCUGUCAGGCUCUGUGCUGGAUUGUGCCAACCUCCAGGGGGUGAAGAUGCUCUGCUCCAACGCGGAGGGAGCGUCCCUGAAAGGCUGCAACUUUGAGGACCCAUCAGGCCUUAAAGCUAAUCUGGAAGGUGCCAACCUGAAAGGAGUGGACAUGGAGGGCAGUCAGAUGACAGGAAUUAAUCUCCGAGUCGCGACGCUGAAAAACGCCAAACUAAAGAACUGUAACCUCAGGGGAGCAACGUUGGCAGGAACUGAUUUGGAAAAUUGUGACCUAUCAGGUUGUGACCUCCAGGAAGCCAAUUUGAGGGGCUCUAACGUGAAAGGAGCCAUCUUUGAAGAGAUGCUGACCCCCCUGCACAUGUCCCAGAGUGUCAGAUAGGGAAGAGAACCCGUCGAAGAGGAAGGAAUCCAAACAUCUGUUGUGACUUUCUUCACCUCCUCCCCUUCCUGAGUUAGAAGGAAUGGUUAUUAGAUAACUUCCAUUUGCA